AUGCUUUAAUUUACUGUAUAGUAUGAAGGGAAAUAAUUUAAUUCGGAAUGCCAGAGUUAUAAAAAGGUUCAAGAUUUCAUUGAUAGGUUAAUUUCUACUCUGAAAUUAUCAAUUUAAAAUAAGCAAUAUGGAUUAUUCAUGAAUAAUAAUGAGCUUCAAAGGGAUAAAACAUUUUUAGAUAACAAAGUUAAUAGGGGAGCACUUUUAGAAUUGAGAAUCACUAAAACCUUUGAGUUUGCCUUUCUCAAAGUUAAUAGAAAUGGGAAAUCCUUUUGGCCACAUAUGAGUCUGGCUGCGAUGGCAUAAGAAUUAUAUUAAGAGACUGCUAAAGAGUUUAAAAUUGCUGAAGAUACAUUUACACUUUUCUUUUAAGGAGUUCCCCUCGAGAGAAAUGUUUAGUUAGCCCAAUAUAAUAUAAUUGGAAAUUCUAUUAUUAAUUGUGAAAAUAAAGAGGUCCCAAAAUAAGAUGAUUAGAUAAUCAACUAAUAAGAAAACAAAUUGAAUGCAAAGAAUAUUACAUAAUAAUAAAGUAAUUAAAGCUAGCCUGAUAAAUAAUAGCCAGAAAAACAAUAAUAACAUUUCAUAGUUAUUUUAGAAUAUCGUGGAUAGAAAUAAGUAAUUGAGGCAACUUUAGAUACUUAUAUAAAUGAAAUCAUAGAAAUUGCUAAAUAUAUGUACAAAAUUUAGGAAAACAUAAUUCUAAAGCUGAAUGAAUAAAUUUUACCAAAUGACUAAAACCUGGAAUAAUUAUAAAUCAGGAAAGGCUAUACUCUAACAAUUGAAAUUUAAUAAUAGUAAAUACCAUAAUAAUAAGUACCACAAUAAUAAAUGGCAAUAUAAAAUAUCAAUAUUAUUUUAGAGUAUCUUGAUUAAAAAACACAACUCGAAGUCGCAUUAGAUACUUAUAUAUAAGAACUAGUAGAUACUGUAAAAUAAUUGUACUAAAUUAAUGAAAAUGUAGUCUUAAAGUUGAAUCAAUAAAUAUUACCAAACAACUAAACUCUAGAAUAAUUACAAAUCAAAAAAGGCCACACACUUUCUGCUGAAAUUCAAAAGUAGUAAAUACCAUAAUAAUAAUAAGUACCAUAAUAAUAAUAAAUACCAUAAUAAUAAAUGUCAAUAUAAAAUAUCAUAAUUUUUUUAGAGUACCUUGGUUAAAAAACUCCACUCGAGGUUACUUUAGAUACUUAUAUAUAAGAACUAGUAGAUACUGCAAAAUAAUUGUACUAAAUUAAUGAAAAUGUAGUCUUAAAGCUGAAUCAAUAAAUAUUACCAAACAACUAAACUCUAGAAUAAUUACAAAUCAAAAAAGGCCACACACUUUCUGCUGAAAUUCAAAAGUAGUAAAUACCAUAAUAAUAAUAAGUACCAUAAUAAUAAUAAAUACCAUAAUAAUAAAUGUCAAUAUAAAAUAUCAUAAUUUUUUUAGAGUACCUUGGUUAAAAAACUCCACUCGAGGUUACUUUAGAUACUUAUAUAUAAGAACUAGUAGAUACUGCAAAAUAAUUGUACUAAAUUAAUGAAAAUGUAGUCUUAAAGCUGAAUCAAUAAAUAUUACCAAACAACUAAACUCUAGAAUAAUUACAAAUCAAAAAAGGCCACACACUUUCUGCUGAAAUUCAAAAGUAGUAAAUACCAUAAUAAUAAUAAGUACCAUAAUAAUAAUAAAUACCAUAAUAAUAAAUGUCAAUAUAAAAUAUCAUAAUUUUUUUAGAGUACCUUGGUUAAAAAACUCCACUCGAGGUUACUUUAGAUACUUAUAUAUAAGAACUAGUAGAUACUGCAAAAUAAUUGUACUAAAUUAAUGAAAAUGUAGUCUUAAAGCUGAAUCAAUAAAUAUUACCAAACAACUAAACUCUAGAAUAAUUACAAAUCAAAAAAGGCCACACACUUUCUGCUGAAAUUCAAAAGUAGUAAAUACCAUAAUAAUAAGAAGUACCAUAAUAAUAAUAAAUACCAUAAUAAUAAAUGUCAAUAUAAAAUAUCAUAAUUUUUUUAGAGUACCUUGGUUAAAAAACUCCACUCGAGGUUACUUUAGAUACUUAUAUAUAAGAACUAGUAGAUACUGCAAAAUAAUUGCACUAAAUUAAUGAAAAUGUAGUCUUAAAGUUGAAUCAAUAAAUAUUACCAAACAACUAAACUCUAGAAUAAUUACAAAUCAAAAAAGGCCACACACUUUCUGCUGAAAUUUAAAAAUAGUAAAUACCAUAAUAAUAAGUACCAUAAUAAUAAAUGUCAAUAUAAAAUAUCAUAAUUUUUUUAGAGUACCUUGGUUAAAAAACUCCACUCGAGGUUACUUUAGAUACUUAUAUAUAAGAACUAGUAGAUACUGCAAAAUAAUUGCACUAAAUUAAUGAAAAUGUAGUCUUAAAGUUGAAUCAAUAAAUAUUACCAAACAACUAAACUCUAGAAUAAUUACAAAUCAAAAAAGGCCACACACUUUCUGCUGAAAUUUAAAAAUAGUAAAUACCAUAAUAAUAAGUACCAUAAUAAUAAAUGUCAAUAUAAAAUAUCAUAAUUUUUUUAGAGUACCUUGGUUAAAAAACUCCACUCGAGGUUACUUUAGAUACUUAUAUAUAAGAACUAGUAGAUACUGCAAAAUAAUUGCACUAAAUUAAUGAAAAUGUAGUCUUAAAGUUGAAUCAAUAAAUAUUACCAAACAACUAAACUCUAGAAUAAUUACAAAUCAAAAAAGGCCACACACUUUCUGCUGAAAUUUAAAAAUAGUAAAUACCAUAAUAAUAAGUACCAUAAUAAUAAAUGUCAAUAUAAAAUAUCAUAAUUUUUUUAGAGUACCUUGGUUAAAAAACUCCACUCGAGGUUACUUUAGAUACUUAUAUAUAAGAACUAGUAGAUACUGCAAAAUAAUUGCACUAAAUUAAUGAAAAUGUAGUCUUAAAGUUGAAUCAAUAAAUAUUACCAAACAACUAAACUCUAGAAUAAUUACAAAUCAAAAAAGGCCACACACUUUCUGCUGAAAUUCAAAAGUAGUAAAUACCAUAAUAAUAAUAAGUACCAUAAUAAUAAUAAAUACCAUAAUAAUAAAUGUCAAUAUAAAAUAUUAUAAUUUUUUUAGAGUACCUUGGUUAAAAAACUCCACUCGAGGUUACUUUAGAUACUUAUAUAUAAGAACUAGUAGAUACUGCAAAAUAAUUGCACUAAAUUAAUGAAAAUGUAGUCUUAAAGUUGAAUCAAUAAAUAUUACCAAAUAACUAAACCUUAGGAUAAUUAAAAGUUGUAAAAGGCUCUACUCUAACAGCUGAACUUCAAUAAUAAUAAUAAUAAUAAUAAUAAUAAUAAUAAUAAUAAUAAUAAUAAUAAUAAUAAUAAUAAUAAUCAUCACUAAUUUUAACGAUUUAUCACUCUAAUUCUUAACCGCUUUCAGUUGAAGUAGAUUAAGAUACUAAAGUUUAAGAAUUAGCAAUAGAAUUAUAAGAUUAUUACAAAGUUUCAUAAAUUUAGUUUACUUUAGAGAAUGGAUUGGCGUUAAAUCAUAUGUUAACUUUUAGAGAAUCAAAUAUUGUUACAGGUUCUAAAUUAUAUAUCUAAUCAAUCUGCAAUACUUCUACUUAAAUAACACUUGGAAAGUAAGAAAUAAUUUUGAUUGUUGUAUUUGAGAAUCAAACUUUUAAUAUUACUAUCUCUAAUAAUUCUCUUGUAAAGGAGCUUGAAGAUAUGCUAAAGCAAAAUUUCAACAUCAAUUGUUAAAUAAAUCUAUUUCACAAUGAUUAAAUGCUGAAUUCGAAUGAAACCUUUCUAAAGUAGCAAAUAGUUAAAGGAUCAAAAUUAGUGGUUAAAUAAGCAUUAUCUUAAAAACCAUAGAUUCGAUUAAGCUUGGUCUAUGAAAAUAAUAGUCCUAUUCAAGUCCAAGUCAAGGAUGACACUAGGAUUAAAGAAUUUGAAGAUUAAAUCAUUUAGAAAUAUCAGUUACAAACAAGUUUGAUAACUUAUUACGAAGAAAAAGGUUUAGAUUCAACAAAAACUUUGUAAGACUAUUAAAUUAAAGAUAAUUCGAUUCUCUACUUCAAAUAAUAAGUUAAACUUGUUAUUUCGACACACAAAAUCACUGAUGAUUAUAAUUUUGAUAAAGAUACAAAAAUUGGUAAUGUGAUUGAAGAAAUAAAGAAAAAAUCUAAUGUGGUUGAUCAAUUGAUUAUAUAAAAAGAAAAUGGAGAAAUCUUAAACCCAGAUCUUACUAUAAAACAAUCUGGGCUUUCUGAUAACGGGGUCUUAUUUGCAAUUGAAAAAUAAAACAAUUAAUCCGAAUAUGCGAAGCCAAUAGGAAGAAAGAUAAAUGUGAUAUUGGAUUACAAUGGACAAAAAACAUAGGUAGAAGUUUUGGAUAACGCACUCGUAUCAUAGUUAAUUGAAUAAAUCAAAUUAAGUUUCUAACUUAAAGGUGAAAUCUAACUUAGUCUUGAGGGAUAAUAAGUUCUAUAACCUUCAGAAACUUUAGUCAAUUAGAAAGUUUAAAAAGGAAGUCGAUUAAUUGUUACUCAAAAUUUAUAAACUUCCUCUCGUUACAAUAUAAGUAGUGUAAUCCUGUCCAUCAAUUAUUAAGGUUCGAUUACUUAAUUAGAAGUUUAAUAUGAUACUCUUAUUUCUGAAUUAAUUUCUAUGAUGAAAGAAGUUUUAUCAACCAAAGAAGAUUUUAGUUUAUGCCUUCAAAAUUAAUAAAUUCUGCAACCAAAUUUAUCUAUAGUAGAUUUAAAUAUUGGUAAUAGCGCGACAUUAUAUUUAAUUCCGAUUGCUGUUAACGCCUAGAAACAACCUUCCUAAUAAUCACCUUAAUAGUUUCAGUAAGAAAUUUCUUUGAACUUUUAUUACUAACUUAAUAACUAAAAAAUAUAGGUAAAAUCUAAUAUAUUAGUGAAGUAAUUGAUUUAAACUAUUCAAAACAGUUUCAAUAUAUAGGAUAAACUUUAAAUAAGUUUGGAUGGCAGAAUUCCAUUGAAUGAGGAAUUAUCUUUGGCUGAUUAAAAUAUUUAGGAAAAUAGCACCUUAUAUCCAAUUUUCAACCAAAAACCUCAAUAAUAAUAAGAUUAAGAAAAUUUAAUUUUAUUUGUAGAGUAUUAGUAUUAGCAGAAUCAGAUUGUAAUAUCAUCUACUUCGUUAGGAAAUGAGUUGGUGGAAAUGGUUAAAUAAAUCACUUAAAAUACACCAAUAAUAAAUAUAUUGAUUGAUGGAUAAACUCCUUUGAUCUUAGAUAAGACUUUGAAAGCUUAGAAUUUGAAGAAUAAAAGUCGUCUCUAAGUUCAAGUUUAAGGUUAAAAGUUUGGAUCACAACAACAAUAACAGUUUUAAUAAUUUGCCAGUAUAAAUUCAUCAAAGCCAAAUCAAAAUCAGUUGUUUUUGAAUCAGUCUAAUUUUUCAAUACAACCAUAAAAUAUAAAAUAAUAAUAAAAUCAAUUUUAAAAAUUUGGCUCCCCUAAUUAGAUAAAUCAAAAAGAGGGUUCUAAUCAAAGUUAAUAAUCCUUAAAUUAAUCUGGAUACUAACAAUAAUUUCCCAUAUAGCCUUAAGCAGGUUUCCCUUAAUAAUUUUAAAGAUUUCCGACACAAUUUUAAAAACCCCCACAAUUGCCAUUUGGUGGAAAUCCUUAAUAAUAAUAAUUUAACCUUACUUUAUCCUAAUAAAACAAACCAAUUUUAAUUUAGCUUAAAUACAUGAACUAAUUUUCAAGAUAGGAAUUCAAUAAAAACAAUUAAGUAUAGGAUAUAAGUAGACGUUGCUAGGAAGUAUUUAAUAUACAAUAAGAUCUAACAAUUCAACGUAAUGGACAGGAUUUGAAUUCUUCAUAGGUUUUAGAAUCAUGUGGAUUCUAAGAAUUUGAAAUUUUAGAUGUUUUUAUAAAGCAAUCAGGUCCUUUUUAUUUGAGCAUUUAAGUGCUAAAUAAUAAUAUUCAAGUGGAGGCAGAUUUAGAUUAAUAGAUUUUUGAAUUUAUGGAUGAGUUGAAAGUAGCAUACAAUAUCAAUUAUGCCACAGAACUCGUGUAUAAUCAAAUGCAGUUACUUCCAGACAAGACCUUUAGGCAAUAGAAUAUUCCAAAUAACAGUCACUUGAUUUUUAGAUAAAAACAACUAAAUAAUAAAUUGAAGAUUACAUAGAGUUUAAAUUUAAUUAUUGUAAAAGUUAAAGAUGGAAUGAAUUUAAUCCAGAUUGAAAUACCUCCUACAGCAAGUGUUCAAGAUUUAGAAAAAAAGGUUAAGGAGAAGAUUCCAAUUAACUUUAAUCUUAGAUUUUAAUUCAACUCGGCGUUCUUGAACCCACAGUUAACUUUAGCUCAAUAAGGAAUAAACAACAAUUGUGAAGUAUUGUUGAUUCGAUGAUGAAUUUGAUUUACAUCAUUUAAUAUAUAUUAA